UUUUCCUUCCAAAAUGGGCCAUCGUUCGCGUAGCAAUAGCAGAUCGCAAUCACGUUCUCGAGAGAAUUCUCGUGGACGCUCCAGAUCGGCUUCAAAGUCACCAGUAUAUCAUCGCAGGGAACGCGAGAGCUCCCGUUCCCGUUCUCCACGUGCUCGAUACGGAGGUGGUGGUGGUGGCGGUGGCGGUGGUGGCCGCGGCCGUAACCAACAGUAUGAUCGUGAAAAUCCACAGCCAUCAAAGUGCCUCGGAGUAUUCAAUCUGUCUUCGUACACAACUGAAAAAGACUUGCGCGACGUGUUCGGCGAGUUUGGAGAGAUUAACAAGUGCGAUCUGGUCUACGAUCGUCCAUCGGGAAAUUCACGUGGAUUCGGCUUCAUUUACUUUAAUUUGAUUGAGGAUGCGACAGCGGCGAGGGAUAAGCUGUGCAAUACAGAUUUGGAUGGUCAUAAGAUUCGCGUCGACUUUUCCUUGACAAAACGCGGCCAUUCACCAACUCCUGGGCAAUACAUGGGAGAUCGUCGUGGUGGAGGCAGCAGCGGUGGCGGUCGAUUCGGCGGUGGCGGAGGAGAUCGAUUCAACGAUCGAGGAUCUCGUGGUGGUGAUCGCUAUGGUGGAGAUCGUCGUGGUGGCGGCGGCGGCGGCGGUGGUGAUCGGUACGGUGGAGGUGGUGGAGAUCGUUAUGGAGGUGAUCGAUAUGGUGGUGGUGGUGGACGUAGAGGUUCUCCGGACAGACGUGGCGGAUUCCGUAGUGGAGGCGGCGGUGGUGGAUACAUGAGAAGCGGUGGCGGUGGAGGAGGACCAGAUCGUCGUGAUCAUCGAGACAACGAUCGAAACGGUGGAGGUGGUGGACACCGUCCGUAUGAUCCAUCGUUCAGACGUCGCGUCGAAUCGUACGGAUCUGGAAAUAGCGGUGGUGGCGGCGGACGUCGUGAUAGAUAUUAAAUUCCCACACUUCUUACCUCAUCCCAUCCCGAGAAACAUGCAUCUCCAAAAUAUGCAAAGCAAUCGAUUUUAAUCAUCACCAUCCUUAAUUCUGUUUUAAGAGACCCAAUUUUCCGUUUUCUAUUUUUAUUUUUAUUAUUACCAUGAUUCUCCCCUUAAGACCCUCGUUUUCCAUCUAUUUAUCAAUAUUUGUUUGUUUCUUAUCGCAAUCGCGCGAAACUCUAAAAAAUAAAAGCGAGACGAGCA